AUGCUUCGCAGGACGGGCUCUGCGAUACCAACUGUUCCCCGCAGGACGGGCUCUGCGUUAUCAACUGUUCCCCGCAGGACGGGCUCUGCGAUAUCAACUGUUCCUCGCAGGACGGGCUCUGCGUUAUCAACUGUUCCUCGCAGGACGGGCUCUGCGAUACCAAGUUCUCUGCAGGAGACCGCUGCAUUACCAAGUUCUCUACAGGAGACCGCUGCAUUACCAAGUUCUCUGCAGGAGACCGCUGCAUUACCAAGUUCUCUGCAGGAGACCGCUGCAUCACCAAGUUCUCUGCAGGAGACCGCUGCAUCACCAAGUUCUCCGCAGGGGGAAGCUGCGACACCAAGGAACUCUAGCGAAGUGCAGGCACCUCUACGUGGUGCUAGGGACCAGUAUUCAACUCUCGCUCUGCAGUUGAAGAAGCCAAGACCUGCUCCAACAUCGAUAGUUCAAUUUUGUAGGCCCGGGCCACGGGCGAAGAGACUGGCAGUAGGACCAGGAGAGCGCAUUGAGAGCCUAUUUUCACUCCAAGAUAGCGUUGUAUAG